AUGUUUCAAAAAAUUCUCCUAAACUUAUUUAUUGCCACAACUUUGGCUAUCAGCAUCGAUGAUCUGGAAGUAAUUCACAACAAAACCCAAGCUCUUGCAUCGGAGAUCACAACCUUGAUGACAACGGAAACCGACAAAAAUGGAAUCGACUCAUCGAAAUGUUCAACUGACGAUUGUUUAAAGCUGCAGAAAACCCUUAACCAAUUAAUCCCUGAACAAGUGGCUUUGGUUAGACAAGCUGUUUAUGAUUAUCAACCAACAAGUAAACAAGGAACCAACUUUAAAAAGAUGAUCAUCUCUUGGCUUCAAGACAUUGUGAAGAAUUGCUCAACCAAUUCCAUAUCCGCGUGUUUAUCCGAUACUUUCACUCUCAACAAACAUGCCUAUUUACCUUUUCUUUCACAUCCAAAUGUGAUGAUCAGCUAUGCGCAACUUAUAAAAGCGAACAGUGACGAGAAGUUGAUGGAGAUCUUCUCUCAAUUGCCUUGGUGCCUUGGUGAUUCGUUCAACGUUGACUGUGGAGUGAGCUAUCGAAAGGGUUUAGUGUGGAGAGUUGACGCGAUGUGUUAUGUUUCAAAGGGAAACUUUUCGAAUUGUCGUGACUACAUGAAACAAUCGAGUUCUGGAGUUGCGAAA